CCCCCUUUUUUUUUUCCUACUUGGCUAAGCUAAAGAUAAAAGAUUAGUAAAACUUUGCCUAGACUUUGUCUUCGUGCAACCUCCGUACACAAAGUCCAUCCCUAUAUUUUUGUUUUUCUUCAGGUCUUCCCUCAAUUAAAACUAAAGAACCAGAAAAAGGCAGGCAGGCAGUUGUUACUAGUUUCCUUGUAUAUGUCUUUAAAUCUUUUUGCCUCAUUUACAAGGGUGUAAUAAUCUACCAAGAUUUUGUUAAUUUUGUGGGAUUUGUAUAGAGAUGUUUAUGAUGAGAUGAUCCCAAAUGAAGCAUUGACCAUAUAAAUGUUUGAGCUUUAAUUUCAAGCAUAUCUCUAGGGUUGAAACAGUUGACAGUGUUGACUUGCAUGCACUUGCUAAAUCUUACAUCCAAAAAAAUCUGAUUUUGUGAUCUGUAGUGAGAUUUGAAUUGAGGAAUUAAGAAGAAGAAGAGAAGUGAUUUCAGAAGACUUGUAUAAAAGCCCCUUGAAAGCCUCUUUUUAUCACUACAGAACAAGUUGGUGAUACAAUAAAAAGAGAGAAGUGAUAUGGAGCAAGGUGGAAGAUCAUCAGGAGAGAGUGAUCGAAAUCAGCAACAAAGGAGAAUGAAGAUGACAGAAAACAUCUCAUCAGCUGCACAACCACCACAACCACCGCCGCAAAAAUGCCCUCGUUGUGAUUCAAACAACACCAAGUUUUGCUACUACAACAACUACAGUUUGACUCAGCCACGGUAUUUCUGCAAGACAUGUAGGAGGUACUGGACUCAAGGUGGAACCCUAAGGAACGUCCCUGUUGGUGGCGGUUGCCGUAAAGGUAAACGCACGAUGAAGGGUGGCGGUUCAUCAUCAUCCGCUGGCGGUGAUAGUCCAGCAAGAUCUCAUCAUCAUCAACAACAGCCGCAAAUAACGAAUUUGUCAGCAGCAGCUGCUUUUUUCUCAGGUAACAGUACUACAAGAACUCAGCCGCCACCACUUCAGUCAAUGAGUUCUUUGUAUUCUGGUGGUGGUGGCGGGUUUUUGUCUUCUUUAGCUGCCAUGCAAUCAAUGACUCAAUUAUCACAAGGUGUCAAUAAUCAUCAAUCCCAGCUUGGGGUAAAUAACCAAUUUGGUAAUUUCCAUAUUCCAAGUACUACUCCUAAGGUUGAUCAAAACCAUCAAAUGGAACCUUCACAAAGUGGAUUUUAUCAAUUGGUCAAUAGAGAAAAGUCCAUGGAAUCAUCUUUUUACCCAUCUGAUCAAACUUUGCAAUUUCAAGCUACAAGGCCUUUGGGUUCUUGGACACAAAGGUUCAUCAACAACAACAACAAUAUUUGGCCAAAUAGCUCAGCCAGCAGCAGUGGAGGUGCUACUAAUAGCACCACCGCUGCUAGUGCAUCUCUCAACCCGAAUCAGUGGCCUGAUCUUCCGAGCUUUGGCCCAUCACCAUGAGAAUUUAGGGUUUCUUGGCUUUUUUUUACAUACUGAAUUACUAAUGCUUGACAUCUAAACUUUGAUCAAUCUUCAUCAUGAGGAAAUGAAUGGAAGAAGUUUUUCAACGGUAUGGUAUUUAGUUUCUGCGUUUUUUCUUUCUUGUAAAUCGCAGACAAUAUAAUACAUAUAGACAUGAAGGGGAAAAAGGGGUUAGCUUAAUUAGCUAAAAUUGUUGUAUGAUGUUUACCUUCUUAUAGAGAAUUUCUGGAUUGGGUUAGGUUUGUAUUUUUGAAACUUUUGAUCUCAAAAGUUAAAUGUAUUUGUAUGUUAGAGGCUUAGAGCUUA